AUGAACAGUGAUUUAUCGAAUUUAGUUCCUUAUGAUAGAAUAUGUAACGAAGAAUUGAGAAGUAAUCAAAAAUUAAAUAUGAUACCGAUUUGCAAAAAAUAUUUAAGGUUUUUAGAUAAUUAUGAACUAUGGGAUGAUACAAAAGCUGAAUACGACGUUUCCUUACUUUUAAAUUAUUGGUUGUAUGAUAAAAUAUCUAAUUUUUAUAGUACUAAAAAUAUUGAUAAAAUUAGUGUUGAUUUUUCCGCUCUCCAGUUGAUAUGGGAUCAUUUUAAAGACGAUGCAAAACGUAAACCAUAUUAUCAAAAUUUUAAGCCUAACGAAGGUAUUUUUAAGAAAGAAGAUUGGGAAAAUAAAAAGAAAUUGUACGAGUAUUAUGUUAAUUAUGAUAACCUUUUUAGUACGGUUCAGCUAUAUCCUAACAAAUGCACAGAAUAUUAUGACUAUUUUAAAGAAAUGAUUUCAGUAUAUAAAAUCUUUUCGGGACUAUGUUUAUCUAGGGAAUACUCCUGUCCAGAGUACUUUUAUAAAUUCCAGAAAAAAAAUCCCGAUAAUAACAUAGAAAAUUUACCGUGUUACAAACAAAUAGAUAUGCAAAAAACUGCUGCUGCAAGGGCUAGACUUUCCAGAGAAGGUGGUACUUCGGAUCAUUCACCAGGACCCGAGGUAGGACAUUUAAAAGUUCGAGGUGCUUCUGGGCCUCAAGGAGAUUCAGCAAGUACUCAAGACACACAGUCAACAUCUCAAUCAUCCAAUAUUGGAACAAAAGUUUCUCAUUCAGUUCUUGGCGCAGCUCCAGUUUUGUUAACUGCCACUAUGUUAUAUAGAUAUACACCCUUAGGUCCCUGGAUUCGUAUUUUCGGUGGAGGAAGAACAACUAGUAUGAAUGCCAUGGAUACACUUUCACCUUAUACGCAAGAAACAGGCGAUAUGUUUUCUAAGGACACAGAGAACUAUAUAUCUUAUCAACCUAUAUAA